AUGUCCUUCGGCAGUGUUGCGAACCCCCCCAUGGCUCAUGGUCUCUCGAGAACCAACACCGCCCCCUUAUUCACGACCCGCAGCACCGGGCAUGGCCUUUCAGGCUUGAGCAACAUCAUGGGCCACAGUUCGCGCUCCUCCCAGCUCUCUGGGUCCACCGCCUUCACAUCCUCCUCAACUUCGCUGUCAUCUUUGACCAGCUCGGCCACCCUCGUUUCAUCUACCGCGGCUCCGGCAACACCGCAGAUGGCCCAGAACGCUGGGAAUGUCGUCGCGACGAACAACAUCAUCAAUCAGCGGGCGGAUGCCUCGAGGUCGCUCUACCAGAUAUGCGUGAAUCUGCGCCAGAGGCUGGCCACCGUGCCCGACUUCGAUGCACACCUGACCGAUGCCGAGAGCGAGGAUGAGGGCGAGGACUUGGACCCCGUCUCCUCCCUAUGGAAAUGCCUGAGGAAGGGGACACCGCUGGUCACAAUAUAUAACUCGCUGAAGCCGGAUGAGCUCUUGAAAAUUGAUGAGAAGAUACCGGAAACGAAAAGAGCCAAGAUUGCUGCCUUUAAGUUUGUGGAGGCGUGCUUGAAGGACCUCAAGCUACCUCCUGGGGAGUGCUUUUCAUUGCAGGAUUUGUUCGGUGACGAUACGACGGGCUUCGUUAAGGUCACUCAAAUCAUCAACAUUGUUCUGGAUAUCGCGGAGCAAAAAGGAAACCUUUUGACAUCAGACGAGGCCAGUGUGGUACCGGCAGCAGCCAUGGCAGGAUCCAAGAUGAGCUACAGGGACCAUGUGGUCAACGAACUCGUGAACACGGAACGGAAAUAUGUGCAGGAUUUGGAGAAUCUUCACGAGCUGAAGAAAACGAUAGAGCAGAGGGGCGUGAUUCCAGGAGAUGUCGUACACGACAUUUUUCUCAACAUCAACGCGAUUUUGGAUUUCCAGCGGAGGUUUCUCAUCAAGAUCGAGACGACGAAUUCUCAACCGGACGAUUCGCAAGCGUGGGGACUUCCCUUUACCAAUUACGAGGAAGCCUUCAACAUUUACCAACCCUUCAUCGCUAAUCAACGCAAAGCCGCGGCUAUUGCAAAGAAAGAAUUUGACAAGAUCUCUCUAGCUGAACAUCCCGUGGUUGCAGAUUUCAACACCUUGGACGGAUUUCUUCUCAAACCGAUGCAGCGUCUUGUCAAGUAUCCCUUGCUGUUGAAGGACCUGCGCGACAAAACAGGUGCGGAUGACGAGACUAAGGCUGAUUUAACAGCUGGUAUUGAGGCGUCAAAUCGAGUGCUCAUGCAGGCAAACUCUGCCGUCGAUAGAGAACUUAGGGCGGAAGCGUUAGAGGACCUGUGCGCGCGGGUAGACGACUGGAAGAACCAUCGUGUUGAUCAUUUUGGAGAAUUGCUGUUGCAUGGGCAUUUUCCUGUGUUGACAGGCAAGAGUGACGUGCAGAAAGAAUACACUAUAUACCUCUUCGAACGCAUCCUUUUGUGUUGCAAAGAGCUCAAUCCCAACAAAUCGAAAGACAAACUCAUGGGGAGCACCCAGAAGGACAAAAAGGAUAAGAAAGACAAGAAGAACAGGGAGCCCAACAAGAAUGCGAAACUUCAACUCAAGGGACGAAUCUUCAUGACUAACGUGACCGAGGUCAUGUCUUUGGCAAAACAGGGCUCUUACACAGUUCAGAUUUUCUGGAAGGGUGACCCAGGCGUGGAGAACUUCAUCAUAAGGUUCUCGAACGAGGAGACGAUGAAGAAAUGGUAUGAGGGAGUUGAUGGGCAACGGAAAACACACGCCAGCACCGUUCAGAUGGGGAGCAGUCCCGAUGCCGAUUUCACAUGGAUGAAAGAUCAGGCAGCUCCUCUUCCCAACCCCUAUUCCCAACACGAAGAUGAAGAUGAUGACGACGACUAUAACUUCUCAGCAUCAGCACAAUUAUCAAACUCCACAUAUCCAGGCCCUGUAACAGGCAUGGCUCGCAACCCAUCGAUCUCGAGUCUUCGCUCAAGGGCCGCAACAGGAGAGAGUGGCACGUCGUUAGCCGGAAUUGCGAGAGCGCCACCGCCUCGCUUCCCAAUGGGAACCUUGCAGAAUCCGCCGUUGAGCUUGCAGACCCAACUUACAACACAGCUCCCUUCGCCGAGUCACAGGGGCGGGGAUUCUUACUUCUCACCGGUCGCAGAAUCACCUGCGUCCUCGAGAAUAAGCGGCAGUUCCCAGACCCAAAUGUUUCCACUCCCGCGGCAAGGGACGCCCCAAAGUGGCUGGGAGUCAGUUGAUCACAAUAGGUAUACGGCGCCUGCACAUUCGAGAGCACUGUCGAGAGGCAGCCAACCACAUUCGGAUGCUUAUCAAAUGAACGGCCGUACACCGCAGAGACCUUCCCUUCCGGCAAUGCCUCACAAUUCGGCGCAGGCACAGACAGCAGCACAACAAAGGAGUCGGUCUUACAGUACCCCGGAUAUCAAUGGUCAGAAUGGAGCCCGCCGGCUUCCGAAUGGCUCCAUGAGUGGCCCAGUCCCAGCCGUACCUGGUAUUCCCGCCCAUCUUCACCCUUCUUACGACAACGGAAUACCGCGAUCUCAGAACAAUUCUCCAAAUGGGCUACCCAUGAGGUCAAACACCCAGUCUCCCGGUGCACAGAUACAAAAGAUGCCGCAGGGCCAGGGCUCCCAGUACCCGUCGUACCCACGGUCUAACAACUCUCAAUAUCCAGGAGGCGUACAGGAUAGCCGAGCCAUGUCACCACCACUGGGUAGCGUCAAAUCAGGGGACGGCGACGUGGGCCUCCCAACUCAACUCAAAGUCAAAGUCAACUGCGACGGCAACUAUGUGACGCUCGUGGUAGCAUUUAACAUCACCUACCAAUCCCUUGUCGAUCGCAUUGACGCCAAGGUCGGUCGAUUCUCCACCAACGCCAUUGCGGCCGGUACGAUGCGACUGCGGUACCAAGACGAGGACGGUGAUUUCGUGACGAUUGAGAGUGACGAUGACAUCCAGAUCGCAUUCCAGGAGUGGCGUGAGUCGCAGAAGCAGCAGUAUCUGCAGGGACAGCUUGGCGAGAUUGAGCUGUUUUGUCUCAGUGUGGAAAGCUAG